AUGACUUUAAUCACUAUCCCACAAUUCCCAGAAUACAACGUUUCAAUCACGUUAUUCAAAGACGUGACGAAUUCCAAAGUUAUACGAUCUCAUAUUGCUGAUUCCAAAAUUGCAUUCCUAGAUGCGAAAUUAAUCGUAUCUACAGAACAAGUAUACAGUGCCAUAUACAAAGCAUUAAUUGAAAAUAAAUAUAAUAGGUUGAGAACUAAGACUAUCCUUUCUGAAUGUUUGUUUUGUUUAAGUCCUACUUCCAAUAUUGGCGAUGCCUUUAAGAAAUUCGGUAUUAAAGAUGAUUCAAAAAAUGUUAUUUGUUUGAAAGUUUUGAGUAAUGGUGAAUCACUUGAUGACGUUAAUAAAGAGGUGCUUGAUGUGGUUGAUGGUACUAUGAUCGAAUUCAAUGAUGAUAAUUUAAAGGAUAUGUAUGAUGUAACGUUAGUUAGAAAGAUCUAUAAGUUGGAAAAGGAUUUUCAACCUGCAACAACUACAGAGCUAUCACGGGCAUUGGUAAAUGCUAUUCAAAUUAGAGGUCUAUGA